GAAUCACCACACCAACGCUCUUUUUAAACACCUCAUCCUCUAAAGUCGUUUCCUUUUCCCUCUUCCUCUACAAUGGCAACUCUUCACUCUUUAGCAGUUCUUUCAUCCCCUACUCCUACCUCUCGCUCCUUUCAGCCCCCACCACGCUCUAUCUCAGGAUUGGCAUCUUGGGCUGUUUAUGGAAGUGCAAAUUCACUAUUCAAUGGACAAUCUUUUCAUGUGGCUCAUCUGCGGUUUGCUCCAGUAAGGCGGAGCUCUCAGGCAUCCAGACCAAUAAUAAUGAUGGUCAAACCAACAAUUCAGUUCAUCCAAGGAACUGAUGAACAGACAAUACCAGAUGUGAGGCUAACCAAGUCAAAAGAUGGUACCAAUGGUGUCGCCAUAUUCACUUUUGAUCAACCAUCUGUUUUCGACUCAUCUGGUGAAGUUGGUGAAAUCACUGGAUUUUACAUGAUUGAUGAGGAAGGGAUUCUUCAGUCAGUUGAUGUGAGUGCUAAAUUCAUCAAUGGAAAGCCUUCUCAAAUUGAAGCAAGGUAUGUAAUGCGAUCUCCCCGAGAGUGGGAUAGAUUCAUGAGAUUCAUGGAGCGAUACUCUAAUGAGAAUGGCUUGAAAUUCAUCAAAAAAUGAGCCAAAGUGCCUUCUUUUCUUGUGUCUUUAUCUUUUGCUUUCAUCCAUUAACUAAUCUGUUUUUGUAUAAUUUUUUCAAGUGAAGUUAGAAGGCUGAAGUCCUGAGUUUAAUCAAAUGGUUUGAUCUAAAAUGCCAUAUUGCUUCUUUCUCCUCUACAUUCUUUCUUGGUAUCUUACAAUGUUCGAUUCUCCUUCCCACAUAUAGUUAUGGAUGUAGGGGGCUUAGAACUAGCAGCUUUUCUUUGGGUAAACUACCUUAUAAUGAAAAUUGAGAUAAUGAGAUCAAAGAAAGAUGCUAAGAUUCUGUGAUAUAUGUGUUUACAUAGAAAACUUGCAGAUCAAGCUGCUUGGUAGGGGCAUUUCCUGUGAACAUUUUUAUCAUCUAGACCUUGAUUCCUGGAAUUAAACAUCUGUAUCCAAAACUUCUUCUGCUUGCCAUGAAAUGGGAUUCAUU